AUGUACUGUAGUAAUGUGGAUAUUACUGCAAAUGAAGCAAAUGAUCAGCCGAGUACAAGUUACAGCACUGAUCAAAUAAUAGAAAGUGAGUUUUCCGAUAACUUUUCUGAUUCCGAAGAAGAUUUUAAGAGUGAUCCAAAUUUUGAAAAUAAUGACGUUGGAUAUUCUCUGAAAUUGGAAAAAAUCGAAUAUCCUGAUAUUUCAAUAGGUCUAUCGAAAUUUAGAUACUUGAGACCACUUGAAUGCAUUAUGGCAGGCCAAACUGGCACGCAUAAUAUUUGUGUUUGCAAAAUGCAUCAAAAUGUAGCCUUAAAAAUACAUGGAAUCAAGCGAGAACUACAAAAAUAUAAGAUUACUUUUAAUAAAUCAAUGGGCGACUUUAUUAAGGAAUCCGUGUGCGAACUUCCAAAGCCGGGUUGUUUUUUAUAUGAUUGCGAAGAAUGUCCUGGCACAGCAGCUAUCAUGAAGAAAGUGGAGGAAAUAAUGACCGAAAAUAACGUCACUCAAGUGACAUUUAGUCAAUGGAUCAACACUGACCGGUGCGAUAUUGUGCAGAUAUCAGAAAAAACAGAAAAGUUUUUAGAGGCGCUUGGUAACGACUUGUAUUUAGUUUUAAAGCACGACUUCCUAUCUAAAACGCAAGGAGCCUAUUUCGUUGAAAAGAAAAGUGCAGUCUGUAACGGAGAAUUUGUGGUUUCCUUGGAUUUUGCAGAAAACUACACAUUUCAAAUCCAGGAUGCAAUCCAGUCUCAUCAUUGGUCAAACACUCAAGCAACAAUUCAUCCAUAUAACAAUGAAAAUAUCCUUCAGCAAACACAAGAAGUCUUUCAAAAUGACGUGAAUCAACUAGAUCCAAAUAUACCUUUAGAAUCUUCACUGCAUAAGGAGCCAAAUCCGUCCACUGAAGAAAAACGUCAAAAAGUACAAAAUGUUAUUGAAACUAAUAUCUUAACAGUAAAUCGUGUACCAAAAGAGAUACCAGAAAGUGACAUCAAUAUCAGAUUUAGAGAAUCAAGCCGAAAAAUGUCCCGAAAACCAGCAUUUGAAGCUAAGAAUUUCGUAAAUUCAGAUCCCGAAUUCCAACGACGUGAUUUAGUUGAACAUCUUCCCGAUUUCAAGCCCCGCGGUGCACGCACAAUGAAAUCUCGAGGUAGAGGCCGUUCUUCAUAUCAAGCAAGUCGUGGUGAAUCCCACAGAGAGUCUCCCUAG